AUUAUUGCUCAUUCCUUGCAGUUGAACAUGCUCUGCGUAUCUUCCUUGUGAUGCCAGCCGCAAUGAUGCUUUCAAUGCCACUUAUCCUCUGUAUCCUGAUUCCUGGGGCGCUACGCAUACUGGUUUCAAUGCUCUCACGGUACUUUGCAAGGGAUUUAUAUCAGCUAAAGUUGAUGGAUGCGUAUGCCCGUGAGGUUAUACGUUUGAUAUGUGAUAAGUCAUCUCCAAUAUUAAAUGAGAUCCAGUGUGGGCAAAGUAGAGCAGUGGAGGCAACCCUCCAGGCUAUCAAGAACGGCAUCCCAGACAUUGUGAUAGAAAUUGCAAAAGCUAAUGAUAAUAUAUUACGGGGCAACACAGAUCCUGAAGAUUCAUCAAGAAACAUAUUUGCUUGUGCUAUAGCGCAUCGUCAAGAGGAGGUGGCACGCUUUCUUCAUCGGUUUGCAGAGGAGGGGACAAACAUGGUUAUUGCCCUCGAUGAAGAUAAAAAUAAUAUAUUACAUCUAGCAGCAAAGUUAGCCCCUCCUCAUCAAUUAGAUUGCAUCUCUGGUUCAGCGUUGCAGUUGCAAAGUGAACUACGUUGGUUCAAAGGGGUAGAAGAAAUCGUUCCACGAUCUUACCGCGAACACCAAAACAACAACAGGGAAACUCCUCUGGAAGUGUUUGUUAGAGAACACAAAAAUAAGCUAAAAGAAGCAGAGGAAUGGGUGAAGAAAACAGCAGAAUCUUCUACAUUCGUUGGUGCUCUUAUUAUUACCAUUACGUUUGCAGCGGCUUUUACUGUUCCUGGUGGGUGGAAUCAAAGCACAGGUUUCCCUAUAUUUUUGCACAAAACUCCGGUGCCGUUUAUGGUAUUUAUGGUAUCAGAUGCAAUUUCUCUUUUUGCUGCAUCAAGUUCAGUGAUAAUGUUUUUGGGGAUUCUCACUUCACGUUUUGCUUAUGAAGAUUUCCAUAAAUCCUUACCUAAUAGGUUGGUUAUGGGCCUUUCUUCACUCUUCAUAUCUAUUGCAACAAUGACGGUGGCAUUUUGUGCCGCUUUUGUCACUAUGCUAGAAGGGCGAUUGUGGGUCCUCAUUCUUAUAACUGUGCUCGCUGGUAUUCCUGUCACAUUCUUCGUGGUGUUGCAAUUUCCUCUUCUUGUUGAGAUUUAUGUUUCGACUUCUAGACCAAACAUCUUUGAUAGGGAAGUAGCAUCCUGGAUGGGAAAAAUGACAGAAAUGCUUAAGGUAUUGUGGGAUUUCGCAAUGUGGGGAUUCAUGAGCGACUGCAUCUGAUGUUAUUAAAUUAGAUAUGUUUCA